AUGGCUUCAAUCAUAACCAAAAUCAUGAACUAUGGUGCCGGCAUCAAGGUGUUGCGGAGCGCUUUCCGGGACUACAUACACGACCUCGAGAGGUUGUCGACGCAACGCGUCUCCGGCUGGUGGUGUGGAGUCACGUGGAUCACCGGUCUCAUGUUUAGUGCAAUAUACAUGAUCGUAGCGACUCCUCCCCUGACCACAGACAAAGCCUGUCAAUCUGAUAGCACUUUCCAAUUACAUACCAAGACAUAUAGUAUAUGGUCGUCGUCAGGGUUUUUCAAGAUAACGUAUGGUGGUGGUCAUUUGUCGUUCGCACAAGCAAAGGUCGUUGAUAUCGUGUGGGAUGUCGGCAUAGGACGUGGAGGCCAGUUUGUUUUGGCGUUCAUAUCCUGGCGAGUAUUUGCCAAAUACCUCACGUUAUGCAUGGAGGCCGAACCUAUCACCUAUCGGCUAUUCCGCACAGUAUUUCUUGAAAAAGGCGCUUCCCUCCUCUCGACAUACCAAGUCAUCAGGUCAUUUCUUGGGCAGCGAAGACUACGGUCGAAAACUGCCAUGGCUUUCAUGGUGGUCACUAUGAUAUUCAUUCUCGCGUUCCCCACCCUCAUCACCGCCAUGAGCGGCUACGACUCAAACGUGGAAUCAUAUGUACCAGAUUUUGACAACAGGCUCAUACAGUUCAACAGAUUCUCAAGGGUUCUGUAUAUAAUUCAUGAUGGCAGGAGAAUUAAUCUAACUGAUGAUUACUUAAUCAUCGACGUCGUACCAGUUACUUCAGAUGUAAAAUCAUAUGGACUGGGGGGAAUAAGAAACGACUCUACUCACUUUCACGAUUGGACCACCGAUCUAUAUAUUGCACUGGAAGCACCAGCCCUUAACAUAUCCGCAUUUGUUAGUGGUGACAAGUUUAGGGGUGGUCACAGUUCUUCACAAUCAUUGGGAAUGAUUUGGUUGAGAGGGAAUGAAACAUUCGACUACGAUCACAUUGAAUCAAAUGGAACUUGUCAGUCUACGGAUCUCUUCGUUUGUAUCAUGUUACUACAUGCCUGGACGAUUGGAAUUUAUACCAUGUGGCUCCAAACGCAUUACACCAUGGCCCUGCGUAACCGCCAUGCCGACAAGAUAUCUGGAGAACAUCUUGCGGUUAUCGAACUAGCAGCAGCUAUGAAGAAAGAGCUUAAUAUCGAAGACACGGAUGCUGCACUGCUUCGAGAGAAACAACUUGAACAACGAGUUGACAAGGAACUCAGAGGCGGCACCAUCUCAUAUGCAUAUACCGAGACUGAACUUAAGACUUAUAGUAUCAAGCAAGGCUACUAUCUAACGCUCGGCUACGUAGUUGCUACUAGAUACUAG